AUGACCCCUCGUCAGGACUUUGAUGUUGUCAUCGUAGGUGGCAGUAACACCGCUUGCUGCACCGCACUCGCAGCCCAUGAAGCCGGCGCAGCCCGAGUGGCCAUACUCGAAGCUGCACCCAAGGAAGAACGGGGAGGCAACGCCCGCUUUUCAGGCACAGCAUUUCGCUUCCCACACCAAGGGAGAGAUCAUCUAGUUCAUGUCCUCUGCGACGAAGGCAAAGAGGAAGCUAAACGCUGUACUAUGGGCUCGUAUACAGCGGAAACGUUCACGGCGGAUAUGCUCAUGAAAUCCAACGGUCGGCAUGACAGGGUUGAAAUCGAGACUAUCAUCAAACAUGGUUAUGAUACGGUGAAAUGGAUGUCAGGGCAUGGCGUGCCGUUUGUUUUGCCUAUCAGUAUCUUCUUUGAUCGUAACAAGGCUCAAAAUAACAAAGACACGAUCGUGGACGUGCCGCCCGGUUUGUCACUUGUGGUGAAAGAUCAUGGCGUCGGUCUGAACGAGGCGAUGUGGGCAGCUGUGGAAAAGCACCCUUCUUCGAUUCAGGUAUUUUAUGCUUCCCCCGCUCACGACUUGAUCCUGGAUGGCGAUAGGGUGCUAGGCGUCCGUGCGAGGCACCGCUCCGGAUAUGUGGACUUUUUCGGCCGCGUGAUCUUGUGCUCGGGAGGCUUCGAGGCCAAUCCACGCAUGAGACGCCAGUAUUUGGGCGAAGGCACUGAAUUUCUCAUUGUGCGAGGAACACGCUUCAACACAGGUGUCAUGCUGGAGAGGGCCAUAGUGGCCGGCGCUCAAGCCCAUGGUCAUUGGGGCGGAUAUCAUUCUGCCCCACAGGAUCUGGGUGCGCCGAAAAUGGGAGAUCUGGAAGGCCUGGAUUCUAUGUCGAGAUAUUCUUUUCCUUACAGCAUUACGGUAAACUUGGAAGGAAAUCGAUUCGUCGACGAAGGGGAGGAUGAGGUGUCUCUGUUUUAUUCCAAGAUGGGAGCCGCCAUUGCAACUCAACCAGAUGCGAAGGCCUUUCAAAUAUUUGAUCAGAAGGUCCUUCAUCUUCUUGAGCCCAGAUAUAGCACUGGGGCACCUAUCACGGACGGCACUCUCGAGGGUCUGGCUAAGAAGAUGGGAGUCGAUCCUACAACUUUCGUCAAAACUGUCGAGGGAUUCAAUAGAGCCACUCAAAACGGCGGAAAAUUCGACCCGUUCCGCAAGGACGGCUUAGCCACCGCUGCGGGUUACAUACCGAAGAAGUCCAACUGGGCACAGAGACUCGACGCUCCGCCGUAUGUCGCGUAUGGCGUCACCAACGGCAUCACGUUUACGUUUGGAGGAAUCAAGACGGAUGCCAGGGCAAAGGUGCUGAAUAACGAAGGCCGACCGAUGGAUGGUCUCUGGGCUGCUGGCGAGAUCACGGGUGGCUUCUACCACGGAUAUGCAGCUGGGGCAUCCCUGAUUCGGUCUUCGGUGCUCGGGAGAAUUGCUGGAACAGACGCUGCUGUUGAGGCGCAGAGUGCAAAGGGAGCAAGAUUGUAA